CUUAACUUUAUUUUGUUUGUGAACAUUGUGCGAGUGCUGGCCACAAAGAUCCGAGAGACAAACGCAGGGAGAUAUGAUACCAGGAAACAGUACAGAAAACUGGCAAAGUCCACCCUUGUGCUGGUACUAGUUUUUGGCAUCCACUACAUCAUCUUUGUUGGAAUGCCUCAUACAUUUGAGGGAUCGAGCUGGGAGAUCCGCAUGUAUUUUGAGCUUUUCUUCAACUCUUUUCAGGGUUUCUUUGUUUCCAUUAUCUACUGCUAUUGCAACGGAGAGGUUCAGACAGAAAUAAAGAAAACAUGGACACGCUGGAACCUGGCCUUUGAGUGGGAGGGUCCAGUGGUCUGCGGCCGUUACCGUUACGGCUCUGUGGUUGUCGGUCUCAACAACAACAGCACAAGUAGUCAGUCUCACCUGGCCGGUGGUGGCAUUUCCACACGCUCCACCACACUUGCUUCUAGUCGCACUUAUCGAUGCACAGGAGCUCCUUCGAUUAACGUGCAUGCCACCCUUCCUGGCUAUGUGAUGACAAACUCUGAUCCGUCCAUACCCGAAGAGCUUGAGGACAGUGGCCCCAAAAGAGUGGACGAUAUCUCAUUGAAGGAAAACCUGCCUGUAAUGAAUACAAGCGUAGCAGCUGAAGAUGAAGAGGAAACGCUGUAGCGGAUAAAGAUAUAAACAGACAGUGAGCAACACCUCUGCAGAUUGUUGCUCAAAUGCCGUCUUGUGUAAUAUUUUGCUAAGCAGGGUAGCUUACAUAAAUCCCAACUAAAAUUGAAGAACACUGAGAGUCCCAAAUGGAUAAGUGAAUGUUUUAUAAAAAAAAAAAAGAAAAAAAGUCAUGCAUCUGUUUAUGCAAAACCUUUCCUAUGGCUCAAAGGAGGGGGGGGGAGCUUCUUUUUUAUUCCAGUGACACCCUAAAUAAGACGCCAUAAGGAAAUUUAUACUAGGAUUCCAAAAGAUAUUUGGAUCCCAGCUGUGGCCCAGAUGCAGCUGUUCAAACCAAGUGUAUGUAUUUUAAACAUAUUUGACCUUGUUAAUAUUAAAAUGUAAAAGCUUACUCUGCACUGGUUUUAAGGGCUUUAUGGGCUGUUAUGGACAGAUGGUGUAUGAAGACAUGAAUGAAGACAUCACUCUCUGUUAUGCUGCCACAUAGUAAAAAUAAUACAACUGUGAGGCUUAGAGAGCUGUAUUUUCCUUUUGUCCAAAUAAUUCUGGAGGCCACUCACUAAAUGUGUUCUUU